UAACUGUUUAUGGUUUCCAUUCAAAAGAUGACAAAGGACGAUGUAUAUACACAUACAUAUACAUACCCAUAUUUUAUGUGGGUGAGAGACUCAGGUAGAAUACCAGAAAUUCUACUACCUGCGCCAGUCCAGUGGAGCUGGGAUUUAAAACGGUCAGAAUCAUUUCUCCCUUACAAGAGAACACAUCGCUGGUAACGUGCGAAGCAAGCACAGUAGGAUAUAUAUAUAUAUAUAUUAUACCUGAGGAUAUCUUCAAGCAGACGUUAAGAGUUUAGUUUAAAUGGAAAGUCCGUGCACAUUGCAAUAUAUACAUGUUUUGGAUGCUGCAGAGCUCAACAGUUUACAAUUUUGAUAUAUUGCCACGACGAAACGUUCUAAUUCUCGAGAAAAUUGUUUAACAUAUCAUCAUGUCAAUGAAACCAGUUCUAUAUAGGGUCGAAACAUACAUCGUACCCGAGGCAAAUGAACUCCCGGUGCAAGCCGCGAUUAAUGAAAUGGAUAACAUCAAAACCAUAAACCGAUUCAAACAUAAAAGCAUAUCUGGGAAAAAUGUUCAAAACGAUGAUAUGUCGCCUGCUACGUACAAUAAACACAUGGAACUCGUAAAAUAUUCUGCAGAGAUCAACGAAUUGAGUAAUAGAAAAAUUAUGAAUGAUGUAACGAAUAAGAAUCAGACUCUAGUAAUCAGACAAGAGUUCCAUAACGAUAAUGAGUGUUGUCAUAAAGAUGAUCUUCAUUCUUCUAACGAGCGUCUUAAUGUACAAAACACAAAGUUCUGUGCGUCGACUGAAUCGCAAGAAUUGUAUCCUGUGAGACAAUUCAAGAGAUUCAACAGUUUGGUAUCAAUCGAUGAGGGAAGCGAGAUCUCACUAGAAACCAAACUGAGCGACUUUUGUCAUCACGGCUACAAGAACGGUUGCACCGCGACGAUUCCGCCGCCCGAAGAAGUCAGCGAGGAGAUCUUCAAGGAAAACUGGUUGCAGAAGAUAGAGAUUCUGAGACAACAAGAGGCUGUGCUAAGAGAAAAGGAGAUGAAUCUGCAGAGCAGAGAAAGAGAGUUGUUCAGAAGAGAGAAAGAACUGAGAAUCGCGGAGAGAGCUCUCAGGGAUAAAAUUAAGCAGGUGAAUGAGCGGGAAUUACAAUACCAAAAAAAUAAGCAGACUGCAGAGAAAAGACUGAAUAAAGCGACGCGAAUUUUAUCCGACGAGCUCAAGGAAUCGAAUGAUCCUGCAAAAACAGAGAGGUUGAGAAAUUCUCAACCUUUAGUCAGCUCGUGUGAGAAAAUUGACAGAAGGGAAGAAUCUGAUCUAAGAGAUAAAAAAUUAAAACAUUUAACGCGUUCAAAAAGCCAUUUAUCAAAGCAACCCUCUUCGUCGAAUGCAACUUCCGCAUCUCAUACAUACGCCAGCAUAAAAUACAAAGAACGGCCCAAGAUAUGCUACGAAGAUCUAAACUCAACGUUGUCAGCUGAUCCUGGAGACUCAUCCUUCGUACGGACGUCAGAACGAUUUAAUCCGGAAUUGUACAAGAAACCAAGUGCGUUUACAAGAUCAGCGAGUGAGCGAUGGACCAAGCAGAAAGAUAAGCCAGUCCCGAAGCGGUCAAUGCUUGAUACUGUAGAGAAGCUUGAACAUAUUGAGGAAGAAAAAGUCUUCAAAAAACUCAGUGAAAACAUAUGUGCUUCGCAGGACAAGAACACGAAGUUUCAGAAUUAUGGACUUGUGGAUUGCAGAUCAAAUGACGUUCAAAGCAAGGUAGAGCGUAAUCUUGGCAAGGAAGGGAAGUUCUUGUACCUCGAUCUGGAAAUCAACAACAAACACAGUCAGAAAGUGACCAAGGUAUUCAAAAAUAGACCGAUCUCCUGGAACGAGGAGGAGAAUAAAUGGUUACAAAAAAAACGCGAGGCCUUUAAUCUAGCAACUAAAAAAUCUGAAAAUAAGGAAAAUCUCAAGUGCAAUACCAUUACAGAAAAAAGCGGAAAGACUUCGAAAAAGGAUGUAAAGAACAAAUUAUUUACUAUAUUUCGUUAACGAGUAUAUAAUUCUACUAUUACUGGAGUAAUUUAGAAUUUAAUUUGCAAUUUAAAGAUUAAUUUUCUCUCGCAAUAUCAAGAA